AUGGCCAAAAGACCCAGAGGAAAGGUGGCUGAGAAGCUUGCAAAGCGGUCUAAAGACAGGCACACUGCAGACUCAGCUCUUAGUUCGUCUUCAUGGUCUGCUUUGGGUGAGGUAGAUGAAGACCCCAAUUACCCAGACAGUGAUCAAGAACAGGACUAUGACAGUAGACCAAGGAAAUUUCAAGUUGCUGAUGACGAACGGGUUGAACGAUUGCCAGUUAAGACCUUAGAGGGAGAAGUUAAACGAGUAAUGGGAAAAAAGGAGAAGAAAAUCCAAAAGGAAGUUGAAGAAGAUAAAGAGGACGAGUCUGAAUCAGAGGAAGACGAAUCUUCCAAAAGCGAGGAAGUCACUACAGAACAAAAGGCUUCUGGAGACGGUGAAGAUGAUAGUGAUUCUGAGCCCGAAGAUAACGACCCAGUUUCUCUCAACCAGAAGCUUUUGGAGCUGAAGGAGAUCAUUGCAGAGACAGCAGAGAAGCUAAACGAGGAUCCAGAGGAACAUAUUAGCAAGUUGAGAGAGUUACGGGAAUUGAUCGCAUCUUCGAAGCACUUUAAAGCUAAGCAACUUAUAAUAUUGUCGUUGGUUCAGAUAUUCCAAAGUCUCAUACCCGGUUAUCGUAUCCGCCCUCUUACAGAAAGUGAACAGAAGGAAAAAGUAUCGAAAGAGGUCAGAAAAUUACGAAACUUUGAAGAGAGUCUAUUAUUGAAUUACAAAGCAUAUAUCUCUACUCUGCAAACGUUUUCAAGGAAAGGGAAAAGUUCGCAGGUUGGAACAGUUAAAUACUCCCUUGCCAGCGUCUCUAUCCUGGCGGCAUGUGAGCUCCUUGAAUCAGUUCCCUAUUUUAAUUUUAGAAGCGAACUAGUUCAAAUCAUCGUUGACAAAUUAAGCACCAAAAAAAACGAUGAAACGUUUUAUAAAUCUAUUCAGACACUGGAGACUAUAUUCAAGGCCGAUGAGGAGGGACAAAUCAGUUUUGAUUUAGUGAGGCUGCUAUCCAAGAUGAUCAAGGCCCGAAAAUAUAAAGUUGAUGAAAAGGUCAUUAACAGCUUGCUUCAUCUGAGACUCUUAACCGAACUUGCAGCUAGAGCUGAUUUGGAGAAGGUACAGAGGUUUGUCGAAGAUGAGGGACCCAAAAAGAAGAAAGAUAGAGUCCACCUUAGUAAAAAGGAAAGGAAAGCACGAAAAGAGCGCAAAGCUAUUACCGAAGAAAUGAUGAGGGCUGAAACAGCCGUCUCAGCAGAAGAAAGAGAGAGACUCCAAGGAGAAACUCUAAAACUUGUAUUUAUUCUUUACUUCAAUAUUCUUAAGGAGCGAUCAGAAAAGCUUAUUGGCGUAACAUUAGAAGGCUUGGCAAAAUUUGCACACUUGAUCAAUGCGGAUCUUUUUGGUGAUCUAUUGGAGGUUUUGCGUGAGCUUAUCUUGGAAAGACAAAAACGCAUAGUAGGCGGCGAGUACGAAUUCAAGGAGUCCGCUACCCGAGAGUCGCUUUUAUGCAUCGUAACAGCUUUUGCACUCCUGUCGGCUCAGGCUGGUGUUGGUGAGUCUAUGAACCUUGACUUGACCUUUUUUGUUAACCAUUUUUACUCGAGUCUUUAUUCUUUAUCAUUAAAUGCCGAUAUCGAAUUCUCCCACAAGACCCUUCGACUCGAUGAUCCAUUAAAGGCAGCAUCUAUAACACCCAAUAAGUACAAGGUUAACAUUUCGACGGAAACUGAGAUGAUGAUCAGAGCAUUUGAAUUUAUCUUUUUCCGCCAAAGAUCCAUAGGACCCAAUAGGGUUCAAUCAUUUGCUAAACGACUAGCAAUUUCGACUCUACAUAUGCCCGAAAAGUCGUGCGCUGCCUCUCUAAGAAUUCUUGAUAAAAUGACCAAGAAGUUCAAUAGUAUGCCUGCCCUCUAUUCUACCGAAGACCGUGUUGCAAACGGCGUUUAUAAUAUGGAAGUCGAUGAUCCUGAGCACUCGAAUCCAGGAGCAGCAACUAUCUGGGAGACUGUACUCUUAGAAAAACAUUACUCUCCAAUGGUUGCCAAAGCAGCACAAGCAGUACCCAAAGGUGCUAUUGUUCCCACGUAA